AAAAAAGGAGUGCAUACCAGAAAAUGAAUGCAGGUGAUCUUCAGUCCAAAUUUAGCCAAUUAAAUGACCCAGCUUAGACAUACUGCAAGUACUACAGGCUGCAAUAUUUAUAUCUCAUCUAUGCUAUAACCAUUGUAGGAUCCACAGCAAGUAUUAUCCUUCUCUGGAAUACCUCUCACCAAAAACGUUAGAUAAAAAGAGAAUCUGAUAAAUCAGAAUGUGCGAUAACUAGGUCAACAUAACCAGCUAUGCUAUAAAUAGGUCAACAUAACCAGCUAUGCAUAACAUUCCCAGUGAGAAACUUUUAAAACUGAACAGAUGCAGUAACAAGCAGAAGCAAAAUCCUGCCAAAAAAUGUCUAGAUUGAUACUGUGAAUACAAUAGAUUUAAACUCCAAUUAUCGUGAAACCCCAACUAAAGCAUAUUAUGAACAGUUAAUUGAGUUAAUUGUUCAAUAGCUAACAUGGUUUGUUCAGUGUGUUCAACUAAUCUAAUGAGGCAGAUUUGCACUAAAGGAAUUGCUUCGUGGUGAAACAAUUUGUGAGGGUUGUAAAUAUUUCUAUACAGAUCUACAGCUAUACAGAAUCACUCAGUUACCAAGUGCUCACAAUGGCAAUGGCUAUGCCUUCAGAUGAGGAAUAUGUGGAUAUUAUAACAUGCUCUAUAUGUUUGGAUAUAUUAAGGACUCCCACAUCUCUUAAAUGUCUACACACAUUCUGUGCAGACUGUUUGAAAACUUGGAUUACCCGAAAUGAGUACAAAUCUCAAUUUCCAUGUCCAAUAUGCAAGGCAGCUGUCCGCACAGAAAACCUAGAGGAUUCAUGUAGGAAAAAUUUCACCCUUCAGAACUUGGUAGAUGUUCACCAGAAAAGCAAAAGAAAGGGGGAUAAGGUUCCAUUUAGUUGUGACAACUGUAUGAAGGAUGGCCAACGUUUACCAGCAGCUGCUAGAUGUGUUGAAUGUGCUAAAAACCUGUGUCACCCCUGUAGAAAGGAACACACCCGGUUAACCUAUCAUCGCCUCUAUGAUCUGACUGGGGAUAGAAAAAAAGAUGCUCAACUUGCUUUGGAGUUGUACUCACAGAGGAUCAUAGCAUGCCCCAACCAUGGACAUCCAUUGAAGUUCUUCUGUAGUAUAGAUAAAACUCCAACAUGUAGGCCGUGCUGUAUUGGUAAACGUGCAAGUCACAAGUUUCUGAAGAUAGAACAAGUCGCAGCCGAGCAGUUGUCAUCUUUGAUGGUGUUAGUGGAACAGCGGAGGGAACUGUAUGUCAGUCAUGUGCAGUUGGCUGAAACUACAAGUCAAAAUCACACUGAAAAUAAUGAAGAUGUACUUCAAAAGUUACAGGCAGACCGUAGAGCCAAGCAUCAUGAGUUGGACAUUCACUUUAACCAGCUGGAGAUUGCUGCUGAAUGGAGCCAUCAAGAAAACAUGGAGAAAUUGAAUGAUGUACAAGUCCGAUUGGAGCUACAGGGUCAAAGCACAGAAAUAUUAAGCGGUGCUUUAUCAAGGAAAGAAAAAUAUGAUCAUCCAGUUGAUAUUGUUCAGUCAAUAAUUGAUAUUCGUGAACAGUUACAAGUUUGGACAGUUCAGCCUGAAGGAGACACCACUAAGAUUGGCCCUUGUCUGACCGCCUUUCACCAAAGGAAGAUGGAAAUAGGGGCUGCAUUGAAACUUCAGAAUCCUUGUGAAAACACCAAGGCAUUGUAUAGUCAAUGUCCUACUUUGCACACUGGUAGGAUACAUAAGUCUAUACAAUUAGAAGAUUGCCAAACUACUAGAUACAUUAAAACCAACUUUACUUUGAGGGGAAUGGCAUUUGCGGAAAAUACUUAUUUAGUAUUGUUACAUGGAGGCAAAAGGCGAUUACUUGUGCUAUAUAACAAUGAAACACAUAUAAAAAAGUAUUCUGUGCAUGGACCAUUCUUGAAUGUGUUUAGUGUUAACGAUAACUGCUAUGCUGUUUGA